GAAAAAACAAAACAAAUCAAAACCCAAAUUCUCACUCUCACACACUUCACUCUCUCUAUCUCUCUCUCUCUGAAACUGAAACUGAAACGCUCUCACGCGCCUUUUCAUCUUCGAUUAAACCCUAACGUCUAGGGUUUUUGAAUUAGCUACCAUCGACGCACUGUUUCGUGUUUUCUUCAGCUUGAUGAUCAACGUUUACGACUAAGGUUUUGUGUUCAGCUAGCUGAGACGGUUUGAUUUAACAGAGAUUUCUCUUUGAGAUAAGAAAGGGGCUGUAGAUUUACUAAGGUAGUGAUGGAAGAUAAUCCUACUUCAAGUCUUUUGGAAGGGAAGGUGGUUGGGAUCCGAUUCAGUAUGGCUACACGCCAGGAAAUUAGUACUGCAUCAAUCAGCGAUUCCCAAAUUAGCCAUGCUAGUCAGCUGGCAAAUCCCUUUCUUGGGCUUCCACUUGAAUUCGGAAGAUGUGAAUCUUGUGGCACUUCCGAAGCUGGCAAAUGCGAAGGCCACUUUGGUUAUAUUGAACUUCCAGUGCCAAUAUACCAUCCUAGUCAUGUAACCGAGGUGAAGCGAAUACUGAGCCUAGUCUGCUUAAGCUGCCUAAAACUGAAGAAAACAAAGGUACCUUCUUCAAGCAGUGGUUUGGCACAGAGAUUAUUAUCUCCUUGUUGUGAGGAUGUUAAUGCUUCACAAGUUUCUAUUCGGGAGGUCAAAACAGCUGAUGGGGCUUGUUACUUAGCACUAAAGGUGCCAAAGUCAAAGAUGCAUGACGGAUUUUGGAGUUUUUUAGAAAAAUAUGGCUAUCGCUAUGGGGGUGAUCAUACUCGAGCUUUGCUUCCUUGUGAGGCGAUGGAAAUUAUGAAGAGAAUUCCUCCAGAAACAAAAAAGAAACUUGCUGCAAAAGGAUAUUUUCCUCAAGAUGGAUAUGUUUUGAAAUACCUUCCGGUACCACCAAAUUGCUUGUCUGUGCCAGUAGUUUCGGAUGGUGUCAGUAUCAUGUCUUCGGAUCCUGCCAUGACGAUUCUUAGAAAAUUGCUUAGGAAGGUUGAAGUCAUCAGAAGCUCUAGAUCUGGUGAGCCAAACUUUGAGUCUCAUCAAGUGGAAGCUAAUGAUUUGCAAUCCGUAGUUGAUCAGUAUCUUCAAAUUAGGGGUACUUCUAAGGCCGCACGUGAUAUAGAAACACAUUAUGGGGUCAAUAAGGAGCUGAAUGAUUCCUCAACAAAGGCAUGGUUAGAGAAAAUGAGGACUUUAUUUAUAAGAAAGGGUUCAGGGUUUUCUUCCCGGAAUGUAAUAACUGGAGAUGGCUAUAAGAAAAUAAAUGAAGUAGGAAUACCGCUUGAGGUUGCCCAAAGGAUAACAUUUGAGGAGAGAGUAAGCAUCCAUAACAUCCAUUAUUUACAAAAGUUGGUGGAUGAAAAUUUGUGCUUGACAUACAAGGAAGGUUUGUCUACUUACUCACUUAGGGAGGGCUCAAAGGGGCACACUUACCUUAAAACAGGUCAGAUCGUCCAUAGGAGGAUAAUGGAUGGCGAUACGGUCUUCAUCAACAGACCGCCAACUACCCACAAGCACUCCUUGCAAGCACUUGUGGUGUACAUCCACGACGACCACACAGUCAAAAUUAAUCCACUUAUAUGUGGACCCCUCGGAGCGGACUUUGAUGGUGACUGUGUCCAUCUUUUUUAUCCCCAGUCACUUGCUGCUAAAGCUGAGGUUUUGGAGCUUUUCUCUGUUGAGAAACAACUUCUCAGCUCUCACAGUGGCAAUUUGAACCUUCAGUUAUCCUCUGAUUCGUUACUGUCACUAAAGAUGCUAGUCAAGAGUUGUUUUUUGGAUAGAGCAACAGCUAAUCAAAUGGCAAUGUUUCUUUCACUGCCUUUGCCAAUGCCUGCUUUGCUUAAGGCUACAUCUGGUGAUUCUUUUUGGACAUCUAUUCAAAUGUUGCAGUGUGCUUUGCCUUUCUCGUUUGAUUGUACUGGAGUACGAUACUUGAUUAGGCAGAGGGAAAUCUUAGAAUUUGAUUUUACCAAAGAUGUCUUGCCUUCAAUUAUAAAUGAAAUAGCAGCCUCAAUUUUUUUUGGCCAGGGUCCUCAGGAGGCACUCAAUUUCUUUGAUGUGAUCCAGCCCUUUCUGAUGGAAAACAUAUUUGCCCAUGGAUUUAGUGUUGGAUUACAAGACUUUUCUAUAUCCAGGGCAGUGAAGAGAGUUAUAAAUAGAAGCAUUGGGAAAGUUUCUCCUUUGUUGCGUCAGCUGCGGGACAUAUAUGAAGAGCGUGUGGCUCAACAACUGGAGAAUGAAAUUCAUGAUAUUGAACUUCCAGUCAUAAAUUUUGCUUUGAAGUCAACCAAACUUGGAGAUUUGAUUGACUCAAAGAGUAAGUCGGCGGUUGACAAGGUGGUUCAACAGAUUGGCUUUUUAGGCCAACAACUCUUUGAGAGAGGAAAAUUUUAUUCCAAGGGAUUGGUUGAGGAUGUAGCUUCCCAUUUUCAUGUGAAGUGUUUCUAUAAAGAGGAAGAUUAUCCCUCCGCCGAGUUUGGUUUGCUCAAAGGAUGCUUUUUUCAUGGUUUAGAUCCAUAUGAAGAGUUGGUGCAUUCAAUUGCAACGAGAGAAAUAAUUGACCGCUCUUCUAGAGGAUUAUCUGAACCAGGCACACUAUUUAAGAACUUGAUGGCCAUUCUCCGUGAUGUUGUUAUUUGCUAUGAUGGAACUGUGAGAAAUGUGUGUAGUAAUUCCAUCAUCCAGUUUGAAUAUGGCGUACAAUCUGGAGACGCAGCACAACACUUAUUCCCUGCUGGUGAGCCUGUAGGUGUCUUAGCUGCAACUUCAAUGUCAAACCCUGCUUAUAAAGCAGUCCUUGAUGCUAGUCCUAGCAGUAAUUCUUCAUGGGGAUUUAUGAAGGAAAUACUCCUUUGCAAGGUGAACUUCAGGAAUGAAUCAAAUGAUCGCCGUGUAAUUUUAUAUUUAAAUGAUUGUGAUUGUGGUAGGAAUUAUUGUCGAGAACGUGCUGCAUAUUUGGUUAAAAAUCAAUUAACCAAAGUAAGCCUCAAGGAUGCAGCAGUAGAUUUCAUUAUUGAAUACCAGCAGCAUCGAAGACACAAUGAUGGUACUGAAGAUGCAGGCCUUGUUGGUCAUAUUCAUCUAAAUGAGGCGAUGUUAGAGAACCAUAAGAUCAAUAUGACUGAAGUUUACCAAAAAUGCCAAGAGAGACUUGAUUCUUUUAGUCGGAAGAAGAAAUACCCAAUUUUUAAGAGAACCGAAUUGUCUUUCAGUGAGUCAUGCUAUUCUCCAAACUAUGCUGCCCCUUGUGUAACAUUCCAUUGGCGGGAUGGUGAUGAUUUGGACCAAACCACUAAAGUCUAUGCUGACAUCAUCUGCCCAGUUCUGUUAGAAUCCAUAAUCCAAGGAGACCCUCGUAUCAGCUCGGCAAGUAUAAUUUCGGUUAAUCCUGGAACAAACACAUGGGUCCGUAACCCGUCCAAAUCUUCUAAUGGUGAAUUAGCACUGGACGUCAUUCUUGAGAAGGAAGCUGUUAAACAAAGUGGUGAUGCUUGGAGGAUUAUACUUGAUUCCUGUCUUCCUGUUCUUCAUUUGAUUGAUACUAGGCGUUCUAUACCUUAUGCUAUUAAGCAAAUUCAGGAAUUACUGGGAAUAUCAUGUACGUUUGAUCAAGCGAUUCAGCGUCUUGCAGCAUCAGUAAGAAUGGUGGCAAAAGGUGUUCUCAGAGAGCAUCUCAUUCUCUUAGCAAGUAGUAUGACUUGUGGUGGAAAUUUGGUUGGUUUUAAUACAGGUGGUUAUAAAACGCUGGCUCGUCAAUUAAAUAUUCAAGUACCAUUCACCGACGCAACACUCUUUACUCCUAGAAAAUGCUUUGAAAGAGCUGCUGAGAAACACCACGCAGACUCUUUGUCUAGCAUUGUUGCUUCCUGUUCUUGGGGUAAACACGUGGCGGUUGGUACAGGAUCAAGUUUUGAUAUUGUAUGGGAUCCCAAAGAGAUUAACACAAACGAAAUUGAAGGGAUGAAUGUUUACAAGUUUCUUCACAUGGUCAAAGGCCUUGCCAAUGGGGAAGAAGAAAACAAUGCUUGUUUGGGUGAGGACAUUGAUGAUUUGCUCGAUGAUGAAAAUGUGGACUGGGAUAUGUCCCCACAGCAUACCUCUGGAUUUGAUGCUGUCUUUGAUGAGACUUUUGAACUACCGAGUGACCCAACAUCAAAUGGUUGGGAUUCAAAUAAAGACCAGAUUGAUCAGGCCAAAACAAACUCGAAUGAUUGGUCUGCUUGGGGACAAAAAAAAUCUGAAAUACAAGACUCUUCAAAGUCUAGUGGCUGGGGGGCUGCCACAAAUCAAAAUAGUGAGUCUUCCUGGGGUAAAAGUACACAGGGAGGUGAAGAUGAUGCAGUACAAAACUCCCAAUGGGAGUCUGGGAUUCAAGAAGACUCUUCAAAGUCUAGUGCUUGGGGGGCUGCCACCAAUCAAAAUAAUGAUCAGUCUUGGGGUAAAACGAAACCUGUAGCACAAGAUGCAGUACAAACCACCCAAUGGGAGUCAGGGAUUCAAGAACAGUCUAGUGCUUGGGGGGCUGCUUCAAAUCAAAACAGUGACCAGUCUGAUGGACCUCAAAAGGCUAUGUGGGUGUCUGGGAGCUCUCAAAAGUGGGGAUCUGGUGUUACCCAAGAAGACUCAUCAAAAUCUGGUGCUUGGGGGGCUGCUACCAAUCAAAAUAAUGAUCAGUCUUGGGGUAAAACGAAACCUGUAGCACAAGAUGCAGUACAAACCACCCAAUGGGAGUCAGGGAUUCAAAAACAGUCUAGUGCUUGGGGGGCUGCUUCAAAUCAAAACAGUGACCAGUCUGAUGGACCUCAAAAGGCUAUGUGGGUGUCUGGGAGCUCUCAAAAGUGGGGAUCUGGUGUUGCCCAAGAAGACUCUUUAAAAUCUGGUGCUUGGGAGGCCAACACAAUUCAAAACAGUGGUAAGGCCUCUUGGGGCAAAAAUAAAACUGUAGUGCUAGAUGCUGGAGAGGAAAGGGCCCACGAAGAGUCUGGGAGCAUUACAAAAUGGAAAGCAGAUAGUAUCCAAGAAGACUUGUCAAGCUCAGGUGGUUGGAAAGCUUGGGGAAAAAGUAAAACCAAUGUACACGAGGGUGAGUCUACAAAAGUACAAGAAGAUUCUUGGAACUCCCAGAAAUUGAAAGCUGGAGCUGAUGUUACCCAAGAAGACUCUGCGAAGUCUGGUUCUUGGGGUGCAAUCAAAGAUGCAACAAAAUCCAAGUCGAAUGAUUGGUCCUCGUGGGGAGGGAAAAAAGAUGAGAUACAUAAGCCGGACAACGUUAAGGACAGUUGGGAUGCCAAAUUGCCAGUUGCCAAUAGCUCUUGGGGAAAGCCCAAAUCACCAGAAAACCAACCUUGGGAUAACAAGAAUGAAUCAAAUAGCUCUUGGGGAAAACCCAAAUCACAUGAAAACCAGCCAUGGGAUUCCAAAACUGAGCCAAAUAGUAGCUCUUGGGGAAAACCCAAAUCACAAGAGAACCAGCCUUGGGAUUCCAAAACUGAGCCAAAUAGUAGCUCUUGGGGAAAACCCAAAUCACAAGAAAACCAGCCUUGGGAUUCCAAAACCGAGCCAAAUAGCUCUUGGGGAAAACCCAAAUCACAAGAAAACCAACCUUGGACCAAGAAUGACUCGAAUCAAAGUGCAAGUUCACGUGGAUGGGACUCACAUGUUGCUUCUGCUAACUCUGAUGGCGACCGAAGUUUUCAGUGGGGAAAACAAGGAAGAGACUCAUUUAAGAAAAAUCAGUUUGAAGGUUCACAAGGUCGGGGUUCAAAUGCUGGGGACUGGAGAAAUCAGAAUCGCCCUGUCAGAGCACCUGGACAGAGGUUCGAAUUAUACUCUUCUGAGGAGGAGCAGGAUAUUCUCAAGCAUAUUGAACCUAUUGUGCAGUCCAUCAGAAAAAUCAUGCAGCAAGAAGGAUACAAUGAUGGGGAUCCACUAGCUGCUGAUGACCAAAAGUAUGUUCUUGAGAAUGUCUUUGAACAUCAUCCAGAUAAAGAAACAAAAAUGGGUGCUGGAAUUGAUCAUGUCAUGGUUAGCAAACACAGCAAUUUUCAGGACAGCAGAUGCUUGUAUGUGGUUUUAAAAGAUGGUAAAAAAGAAGACUUUUCGUACCGUAAGUGCCUGGAAAACUUAGUGAGGAAGAAAUUUCCAGAAACUGCCGAAUCGUUCUGCGGAAAAUAUUUUAGGAAACCCCAACCCCGUGUAAAGAGGGACCAGACUCCAAACCCAGCAGGGGAGCAGACUGCAACUCCAAACCCAGCAGGGGAGCACACCUCUAACCCGAAUCCAGAAAGGGAGCAGACCUCUAACCCGAAUCCAGCAGGGGAGCAGACAACUACUUCAGCCGGUGAUCAGACUUCAACACCAAAUCCAGCGGAGGACCAGAACACAACUCCAAUGGCUAUGGAAACCAAUGAGUAGAGAAGUUGAAAGUUGUGUCCUUAAUUUUGUACAGACAAGGGCACAGUUGAGGCAAGCUUUAGUCAUAUUCAUUUUAUCUAACCCUUCAACCUCAUUCAGCUUCUAGAAAAUGACCAAACCACUACCAGAAUGGAAACCUUUUGAUUUGUUUCAUGAAUCAGCUUGUCUGUUAUUCUGUGAAUAGGUUAUCCAGCAUUCUUAAUUUAUCUGUAUAGUGGUGGAUUUUGUGGUUAAAUUUUUCUCAUGUCUCAUCUGUGCAAUACAAAGGAGUAUCGAGUGCCAUUUAAUUUCUUGUUUGUAAUCAUUGUUAUGUGGUAUGCUGAUAUUCACCAAGAAAAUAUGCUUAGGUUAUGCAAUCUUGUAUUAAUUUUGCGUGUAAUUAGACACCUGGUGACAAUUUAGAAAAUCAGUGUAGGUAGGUGGCUUUUUGUCGUA